AUGUCUGUCUCAGCAGAGCUCAGUGGUGUCUGCACAAUGGCUUGGAUUCCUCUCCUCUUCUUCCUCCUUCACUGCACAGGGUCUUUCUCCCAACCUGUGCUGACUCAGUCACCCACAGCCUCGGCCUCCAUGGGAGCCUCAGUCAAACUCACCUGUACCUUGAGUAGUCAGCACAGCUCCUACACCAUUGACUGGUUCCAGCAACAGCCAGACAAGGCUCCUAAGUAUGUGAUGUGGCUUAGUAGUAUUGGAAACCAUGGCAAGGGAGAUGGGAUCCCUGAUCGCUUCUCUGGCUCCAGCUCUGGGGCUCCUCGCUACUUAAGCAUCUCCAACAUUCAGCCUGAAGAUGAAGCUGACUAUUUCUGUGGUACAGAUAAUGGAAUCUUGACAUUCCAGGAUGUUGCAAUUGAUUUCUCUCCAGAUGAGUGGGACUGCCUCAACGUUGAACAGAAGGCUUUGUAUAGGGAUGUCAUGUUGGAGAACUAUAGUAAUAUGGUCUCUGUAGGUCUUUCAGUGCCAAAACCAGACAUAAUCAUCUGUCUUGAACAAAGCAAAGAACCCUGGAUUGUGAACAUGGGAGAGAAAGAAGGCAAUGAAAAAGUUUUCUAUUUUAAUCAAAAACAAGAUCUGAUUUCACUGGAGAAUAGACAAGAUCCUAUCCAAAAGUUAAUAUCAGGAAUAGAUAAUGACCAGACACAAGAGAAACAUUUUGUAAGUAAUCGAAUUGGACAAAACUACUACAUGGAAUGUGAGAAGGGCUCCAACAGAUCUCCAUGCCUCACUAGGCUUAAGAGAAUUAAUCUCAGAGAGGAGGCAUACAAAUGUAAAGAUUGUGGCAAGUCAUUUACCCAUCAUGCAAAACUUCAAGCUCACCAGAGAAUCCAUACUGGUGAGAAACCUUACAGAUGUCAAGAAUGUGGCAAAUCUUUUACCCAGGAUUCAAAUCUUCAUAGGCAUAACAGAAUCCAUACUGGUGAGAAAUCUUACAGGUGCCAAGAAUGUGGCAAGUCCUUUACCCAGCAUUCAAAUCUUCAGGCGCAUUACAGAAUUCAUACUGGUGAGAAACCUUACAGGUGCCAGGAAUGUGGCAAGUCCUUUACCCAGGAUUCAACUCUUCAGGCGCAUUACAGAAUUCAUACUGGUGAGAAACCUUACAGAUGUCAAGAAUGUGGCAAGUCUUUUACCCAGGAUUCAAAUCUUCAUAGGCAUAACAGAAUCCAUACUGGUGAGAAAUCUUACAGGUGCCAAGAAUGUGGCAAGUCCUUUACCCAGCAUUCAAAUCUUCAGGCGCAUUACAGAAUUCAUACUGGUGAGAAACCUUACAGGUGCCAGGAAUGUGGAAAGUCCUUUACCCAGGAUUCAACUCUUCAGGCGCAUUACAGAAUUCAUACUGGUGAUAAACCUUACAGAUGUCAAGAAUGUGGCAAGUCAUUUACCCGGGAUUCAACUCUUCACGAACAUCGCAGAAUCCACACUGGUGAGAAACCUUACAGAUGUCAGGUAUGUGGCAAAUCUUUUACCCAUUACACAAGUCUUCACAGACAUCGCAGAAUCCAUACUGGUGAGAAACCUUACAAAUGUCAGGAAUGUGGCAAGUCCUUUACCCUUUCCUCAAAUCUUCGCAUUCACCACAGAGUCCAUACUGGUGAAAAACCUUACAGAUGUCAGGAAUGUGGCAAGUCCUUUACCCAGGCCUCAAAUCUUCACAUUCACCACAGAGUCCAUACUGGUGAUAAACCUUACAGAUGUAAAGAAUGUGGCAAGUCAUUUACCGUGUCCUCAACGCUUCAGAGUCAUCAAAGAAUCCAUACUGGUGAGAAACCUUACAGAUGUCAAGAAUGUGGCAAGUCGUUUACCACUGUCUCGGGUCUUCACAGACAUCGCAGAAUCCAUACUGGUGAGAAACCUUACAGAUGUCAAGAAUGUGGCAAGUCAUUUACCACAGUCUCAGAUCUUUAUAAACAUUGCAGAAUCCACAGUGGGGAGAAACCUUACAGAUGUCAAGAAUGUGGCAAGUCUUUUACCACUGUCUCAGGUCUUUACAGACAUCGCAGAAUCCAUACUGGAGAGAAACCUUAUAGAUGUCAGGAAUGUGGCAAGUCCUUUACCCAAGUCUCAACUCUUCACGCUCACCACAGAUCCAAACUAGUGAAAAACCUUACAUAUGUAAAGAAUAUAAAAUAG